AUGACGACUAAGACUGGCAGCAGUAUUGAACUUCCGAAAGUAAAAAUAAAAUGUCAGUUCGGUGCUUUGUUAUCAUCAACAGAAUUUGUUAUUCAUGAUUUAAAUAUUCCAAAUGUACUAUUGACUGAUACACAACAAUGGAUUCUUCAAAUCAAAAAUGAAGAACUUCUGCUAAGUAUACAAGGAUCUGAUCUACAAUUUGUUAUACCAUUAAAUCAAGUUCAAGAAACAAUAUACGUUAGUGAUUUUGACCAAUCAACAAAUGUUGUUCUAUGUUGUAAUGUUUCCAUUGAAGUUCAAGAUAAUCCAAAAGAUAAAAAAGCACGGUAA